AUGCAGUGCCCCCCAAGUCAUGGAGCAUCCGACGACGCUAUUCCAGGAGAUGUGGCGUCAGAAGAGGUCCCGCAGGAUUUAAAGUACGCCAUGCUUGUGCACAUCUAUAAGGCGGAGAGGGAAUGACCACAUCUGUGACAACCACGGAGGCCCCUCCCUCGCUGAACAUCACUGAGAAGAUCGUCACUCGCAUUCUCCUCGACUUUCUGAACAACCACCUGGAACAGGGCCAUCUACCGGAAAGUUAGUGCGGCUUCCGUCGUCAUCAUGAAACCACGGACAUGCUCUUUGCAGCCCGUUACCCGCAGGAGGAGUGCUAGUAGCUGCGAAUUCACCUCUACUCUACCUUCGCGGAUCUGACGAAAGCCUUCGAUACGGUGAAUGGCGGAGAACUGUGGAAAAUCAUACUGACAUUCGGCUGUCCUGAGCAAUUCACUCAUAUAGUGCGUCAGCUCCAGGAUGGUAUGAUGACGCGAGUCACGGAUAAUGGAGCUGUCUCAGAGGCAUUCGCAGUGUCUUACGGACUGACGCAGGGCUGCGUUCUCACGCCUACACUCUUUAGUCUCAUGUUCUCCGCCAUGUUGAUGUAUGCCUAUUGUGAAGGGCGCCCUGUGCUCCGCGUCGCCUACAGAAUGGACAGACAACUGCUCAAUCACCGGAGGAGGCACUUUCAAUCGCGCGUCUCCACGAUCUUUUGCUCGCCGAUGACUACGCCCUUAGUGCAACUACUGAAGAGAACAUGCAAAGGAGCGUGGAUCUCUUGUCCACGGCCUGCGAAAACAUUGGCCUGAUCAUCAGCACGGAGAAGACGGUGAUCAUGCACCAACCACCAGCCACCAUUGCCCACAAUGCACCGAAAAUCAGCAUAAACGGAACCCAACUGCAAGUGGUGGACAACUUCACGUAUCUGGGCAGCAACCCUUCCGCAUCACUAAAAGCUACAAUGAAGUGGCCCGCCGGAUUUUCAGGGCCAUUUAAGCCUUCAUUCGUCUUCAAAACAGAGUUUGGAAUCGACAAGGUCUUCAACUAA